GGCACGAACGUACCAUUCGAGAACAUUUGCGCGGGAAAUUCACUCGGAAUUAUAACCUCAAAUAAUUGUGAUUAAGUGAAAUUGUGUUUGUGUUAAAUAGUUGGUAAUUAAUCAAGAUAUCAAAUGUGAAAUAAGUAUUUCGUUUUACAAUAGCGAUGAUUGAUGGUUAAACGGAUGUCCCGGGAUAAAAAAUUACGCAAAAAAAUGACAUAAAUUGUUCAUAAAAUGACAGAGGAGAUCGUGAAAACGAUUCUCCCGUCAUAUCUAGUGGAAAAAUUUAGAAGUGAGAAGAAAUUGUGUGCAAAUCCAGCUAACUUCAGAAGAAGACGGCUUUCUAAUAAUGAAAUCGUGCAAUGCAAAAAUGUGGACAAUGCUCAAACAUACACGAUUAAAAAAUCGUCGCCAAGUUUGAAACACUUAAAAUUUAAAUUAUUCCUGUCAUUCCUUGUAUUCUAUAUAUGCACUAUAAAUGUGAUAACUGUGUGUGAUGUUAGUGUAAGUAGAUUAAACAAAAGCUAUACAUAUAAAAACAAACAGUUUCUUAGCAAUAAUUUAGAUAUGAAUCAAACAAAAUUCCGGUAUGCACGAUUAGUUAAUGGCAUAAGAAAUGAAAAUGCAGGAAAAGAUGCUUCUGAAAGGGAGGAUAAAACCACAAAAGUCACUAAUCCAGAAACACCGGAAUUAACUAAAUACUUCUCAUUUUAUAAGAACAAAGAGGAUCCUAAUGCCACUACAAAUUCAGAUGAUUUAGAUAUCCCAAGAAUAUAUGAUGACACACGAGCCGUAGGCUAUCCCCAUGAUCUGGCGGUUAACCCAUAUUAUGUUAAGCGAACAAAUUUUAACCUUCGACCAGCAAGCGGCCAGUUUAACUAUAAGACGGUCAAACUUGGGGUCUUGUUACCAGCCGAUCCACAUCAAGUGUUUUCACUGGCGAAAGUGUUACCGAUUAUUGAAAUGGCUGUGCCUGCAAUGACAAAGAAUGAUGGCCCUUUGCCUGGCUGGAAGAUAUUAGUUGAUUACAGAGAUACGAGAUGUUCUUCCGUGGAAGGUCCUUUGGCUGCCUUUGAGUUCUACGUUAAUGGAUCAGCUGAUGCCUUCAUUGGACCAGGAUGUGAAUACGUUAUAGCUCCAGUAGCAAGAUACGCUGGUCUAUGGCGUAUCCCAGUUAUAACAGCUGGUGCUCAGGCAGAAGCAUUUGUCUUUAAGCAUCCCAGCUACAUGACCCUGACGAGGAUGAUGGGGAGCUAUACACAAGCGGGUGUCGCCAUUAGGAAGAUAUUCGAGGAAUUCAACUGGAGGAAAUUUGGAAUGUUAUACCACAACCACAUACCAUCGACCGGUAAAGGAAACAGUCCCUGUUUUCUAACGCUGAGUGCAAUAUUCACCGUCCUGCAGAAAAAGGACACGAGUAUCCCGACGGUAGCGUUUGAUGAAACGAAUACGACAUCUUCGAAAAUCAAAGAACUUCUACAGAAUUUAUCUUUGAGAACUAGAAUUGUCGUGUUGUGUGCAAAUCCGAUGACUGUUCGUGAGAUUAUGUUGGCAGCUGACGAGCUCAAUAUGGUGUCAUCGGGUGAAUAUGUGUUCUUCAAUAUUGAACUGUUUUCGAAUUUGGCUUCGGCUUCAUCAAAAGAGCCAUGGAAAGUAGACACAGACUCAGACGAGCGGAACGAGCAAGCGAGACGGGCGUAUAGCGCUGUUCUUACUGUCACAAGUCCGGCACCAGAGAAAAAAGAAUAUUUAGAAUUUUCUGAUAAGGUCAAAGAACUCGCUGCUACGAAGUACAAUUAUACAUUCGGUAAGGGGGAGGUGGUGUCUACGUUCGUAGCAGCGUUCUACGACGCGGUACUGCUCUACGCACUGGCUCUCAACGAUACUUUGAGUCAGUCGGAUGACCCCAGAGGACAACUAGAUGGCGCUGCAGUGAUUCGGAACAUGUGGAAUAGGACUUUUCAAGGCAUUACUGGCGAAGUGAUAAUAAAUGAGAAUGGAGAUCGUGUCGCGUCGUAUUCUCUGCUGGAUAUGAACCCCGACACAAGUAAAUUUGAGGUGGUGGCUACAUACAUAGCAGCUAACUCAUCGCUACAGUUCGUUGAGGGUCGCCCUAUCCACUGGGCGGGGGGGCGGACGAUCCCUCCGCCUGACACCCCCGAGUGCGGCUUCGACGGAACUAGGUGUCCUGAUAACUCUUUGCCGGUGUACGCGAUAUUGAGUAUAGUACUGAGUACUGUCAUUGUAGUGCUGGCGAUCUUAUCAGUUUUUAUUUAUCGACAUUACAAACUUGAAGCCGAAAUAGCAAUGAUGACAUGGAGAGUUAGUUGGAGUGAAAUAAUGCCGAGUGGAAAACUUCGUGGCAGCACGUACUCGCUUGGAAGGAGGAAUAGCGCGGGGACAACAUAUUCAGAUGAGGCUGUAUCGCUGCCCGGGGAUCGGCAAAUAUACGCACCCUGCGGUAUCUACAAAGGUUGUAGAGUUGCUAUUAAAAGUGUCGACAAACAGCGUAUCGAUCUAACUAGACCUUUACUGCUUGAGUUGAAGAAAAUGAAGGAUUUAGAGCAUGAUCACUUGGCGAGGUUUUACGGAGCUUGCGUCGAUCCACCCCAUUGUUGCUUAUUGACUGAGUAUUGUCCCAAGGGCUCACUGCAGGAUAUUCUUGAAAAUGAUACAAUGAAGUUGGAUUGGAUGUUUAAAGUUAGCUUGAUGCAUGAUAUUGUUAGGGGUAUGCAUUAUCUUCACGGAACAGACAUAAGAUCUCAUGGUGCCUUGAAAUCCAGCAACUGCGUAGUCGAUUCUCGUUUUGUUCUCAAAAUAACAGAUUUUGGACUCAACGCUUUGAGAACAACAGAAAAGGACACCCGAGCACAUAGCUACUGGAAUAGAUAUUUAUGGACAUCACCAGAAAUACUGAGAAUGGGAGAUCCUCCAGCUGAAGGAACCCAAAAGGGAGAUGUCUACUCCUUCGCUAUUAUUAUGCAUGAAAUAGUACACAGACAAGGCGUUUUCUGGCUUGGUCCUGGAGUCGACAUGUCACCUAAAGAGAUCGUUGACGCUGUCAUGAGUAGUGGUCUUCGUCCGAAGACAGUACACCACAGGUCUUGUGAAGCGGAAGAGGCGGAGGAAUUAAUGCGACGAUGCUGGGCUGAGGAUCCAACGGAACGGCCUGACUUUGCUCACCUAAAACACGCCAUUCGAAGACUCAAUAAAACACAAGAGAGCAGCAAUAUAUUGGAUAAUUUGUUAUCUCGUAUGGAACAGUACGCGAACAAUUUAGAGUCAUUAGUUAGCGAACGAACCCAGGAUUAUUUGGAGGAGAAGAAGAAAUGUGAGGAGCUUUUGUAUCAAUUAUUACCAAAAUCCGUCGCGUCGCAGCUCAUAAAUGGACAAUCAGUAAUGGCUGAGACAUUUGAACAAGUCACUAUCUACUUCUCGGACAUUGUUGGCUUCACCGCACUAUCAGCCUCCUCUACUCCGAUGCAAGUCGUUGAUUUACUCAACGAUCUUUACACCUGUUUCGACUCUAUUGUCGAAAAUCAUGACGUGUAUAAGGUGGAAACAAUAGGGGAUGCCUAUAUGGUUGUGUCUGGUCUACCAGAUCGUAACGGAAAUCGUCAUGCCUGUGAAGUAGCCCGAAUGGCGCUCGCUCUGCUCGAUACUGUACGCCGGUUUAAAAUCCGCCAUCGACCUCAAGAUCAAUUGAAGGUCAGAAUAGGAUUGCACUCUGGUCCUUGUGUUGCUGGAGUCGUUGGACUGAAGAUGCCUAGGUACUGCUUAUUUGGAGACACUGUCAACACAGCCUCUCGUAUGGAAUCAAAUGGUGAAGCUAUGAAAAUUCAUGUUUCUCCCACCACGAAAGCAUUAUUGGACACCUUUGGAACAUUCAGGCUUGAAUGUAGGGGUGAAGUCGCCAUGAAGGGAAAAGGAAUUCUAGUCACGUAUUGGCUGUUAGGCGAAGUUCCCGAUCCAAAUGCGCCAAAGGGAAAACAGUUAGUGAAAUUACAAAAGCAAUCAACAAACAGUGGGUCGUUGUCGCAUCUAACGUCUUUUAGACAAAGAAUGGACAAUAACUCCAGGUCAUCUAGUCGACGUGGUUCUGGGAUUCUCUACCAGAAAAAUGACGUCAUGAAGUUAGAGAAGGAAGCUCAGUCAUUACUUCAGGCUGUAGCAAUGCAACGGCAACUGUCCGACCCAACAGAACCUGUUUUUAAUGGUGCUACAAAUUAUGAAGAAUCUGACAAAAGCACUAUUAUCAAAUCCAUUUCACUAAAUGUCAAUUCACUCAACCAUAAUUCCGUGAAGCAGAUUAGUCUUCCGAAAGUAAAACCUAAGGACUUACAAAAGAGUUCUAUUGAAAACAAUAAAAUAGCUAAUAACAAUUGGAUACCCAAAUUGCCAACAGCAAAUUCAUUUGACAAUGGUUUGCGGAAAGGUAACGCUGUUCUUAAGGACUAUAGCAGCGUUCCCUUGCUCUCUAGAACAGAAAAGCCAAACGACUCAGUUGUGUGAAAAUCUAUGAUAGAUUUGGCAUAUCCAUGACGCAAAACUUUGAAGCUAAGCAGGUUUCACUUGAAAUAGAUUAUUCAUAAGUUCGUACAGGGCCUUUGAUGUGGCUUGCGUGGUGAACUUUAGAUGAGGGUAGGCGGUUUGUUACUGAUUGUGAACAAGUUGUUAAACUUAAGCUACAUAAUAUUUAAUUAAACUGCUAGUCUGGUGUAGCUCUGGUGUUUGUGUCUUUCGUCGUCUUGUUGAUUUGAAAUGAUUUUAUUAUUGAAUUUUUUGUGGUAUUGACUUAAAGUACAAUAAAAACACUUUAUCUACAAAGGUAAAAGACAAAAUAAUGUCAGACUACGUUUAAUGAACAAAGACUUACAAUAUACUAGCGUAUAGUCGAACAAAGCGUGCAUCACUGAAGUAAAUCUCGAACGAUGACUCAGCAAGAUAGAAAACGGAAGCGAAUCUAUAUUUAUUGGAAUCGACAUAUAGUGAAGACAAACAGUCAGCCUCGCUUGGAAUUAGCUCCUUGGUACUAAGCAUUGCAUAAAUUGAGAAAUCUUGUGUGUUCGUCUAUACGCUAGUAAAUCCGAACUGCCUUAUUCAUAAUAAAACGCUUUUCGAAGGUAUAAAGCUAUAUUAGUCAAAACGUGUUUUAAUCCUAUCGAACGUUCGAUAAAAUUCCUUAUUCACCAUCAUAUUCGUUGGAUAAAUCUCCCAAAACUAAUACGUCUCUAUAGUGCGCAAUGUUGCCAUUUCGUACAAAAAAACAUGAUUUUAACUAAUUUAAUGAGGAACUGUCAGUGGAAAUAGACAUCUUUUUAAUUUCAAUGGUUUGUCAGUUUUCAAAAGUCGAUGUCAAAAUAAUUUCAAAAUUCAAAAAUCAAAGUUUAAAAGUCUGUCGGUUAUCAAUCUAUGACGGAUAUCCAACAACUUUGAGCGGGAAACUAUUUAUCACAUUAUUUAACGAACAGCUGAUCGAUGUCGGCCAUGUUUUUUUGCGUUCGAGUGCUUAAAAUAGGUUUAUAGAAGUAGCUAAGUAAGUCACGUCAGCUUUAUCGAAGAGAUAAUGAGCGUUUUAGCUCUAAUAUGCGAUUAUGAAUACCAUUUUUUAAUAUAUUAGCGAUGUUUUAAAUCUCCGCUAAGUCAUUAUGAAUAAGACAGUAAGUCUAUAAUAAUGAAUGAAUGAGUGAGACUUAUGUAAUAUAUUGGAUUUCGAUAAGUGUAUGAUCAAUGUUGUGUACUGCAUGCACUAGAAACCCUUAGUGGAAAUUCCUUACAUGUUAUAACGUCCAUUCACUUAAGUAUCAACACUGUCCAAGAUUCUGAAAAACUAUUAAAUAUAUAAAAGCUAUAAAUAUAUAGAGAUCGAUGUAUAUUGCAAACACAUUUUAUCGAUAGUAUUAUAUAAAGGCACUGAAAAUCAUGAAACUUGGAAAUUCUUGAAAUAUGUAAUGAUAUAUUUUAUAUAGUUAUAUUAAAUUGAAACGAAAAUACCUUAGUCUUUAAGCUAUUUGUUUGAAAAUUAUGAGAUGAAGGUUAUUCCGGUACUUAAGAACCUACUUAAAGUAAGAAAUCUUAAACUACAAAACCUUGUCCCACACUAUAGCCUAAAAUGUUUACUAUCGAUUCUUUUCAUAUAACUAUGAAUAAAGAAAUCUUCUUAAGUCCUAUUUGUAUAAAUGAGUAGUAUUUAAUUUAUUUAUAAAAACUAAAAAUUGUAAAUAACUUUUUGAAUUGUAAAUAACGUAAUUGAUGUAAAAUAAAUACAAUUUUUGAUCUAGAA